AUGGUUGAUGAUAAAAAGAAUAACAAUAAUCGGAUCUUAUUCUUGGGCUCCGAGGAGCGCUUCUUCCUGUGUCUGCCACGUCUGCCUGCAGAUUUUUCAUCUUUUCUGUCAGACGUCUGUGAGCCAGUCACUGAGGGUGUACCUCCGGCCAAAUUGAUUUUAGCCUCUUCCUCUGCCUGCCACCUGAAGAAUGCCUGCAUCACCUCAUCUCCCAGUCGCUCCCCUCUGGCCUCAGACUGCAGCAGCCGUCGCUCCUCCAUCUCCAGCACCUCCUCUCUGGGCUCCGAGGCCAAACCAGAGGGAGAGCGGGUCCGACACAGAGAGGUGGAGAAGCUGCUGCGUGCCGUGGCAGACGGUGAUGUGGAGAUGGUGCGUUACCUGUUGGAGUGGAUGGAUGAGGAAGAGGACGAAGGAGAGUUUCGGUCUGAGGCCCUGCUCUGCCACCCACUGUGUCAGUGUCCAACCUGCGCUCCCACUCAGAAGCUGUCAGUCAUGCAGGCCGGAACUCUCGGGGUUAACAGCUGUAACACUGACGGUUUCACGCCGCUCCACGUCGCCGCCCUGCACGGACACUCUGCGCUGGCCGCCCUGCUGAUCCGCCACGGAGCCAGCGUCAACGCCCGCACCAACCAGAGCGCCACACCGCUUCACCUGGCCAGCCAGAACAGCCACAUCCAGCUGUCCAAUCUUUUUAUUAUUGCUGACAUCACCUCCUCUGUCGCCGACUCCAAAUACUCAUCCAAGUUGUGCCAUGACGCCACCUCAGCGCCCGAGGAAUUCAUGGAAGCAGAGCUGUCCUCGGUCAUUGGUUCCUCCACCUGCAUCAAACGGGAGGAUCUACAAACAAACAGUUAUUGA